AUGUCGGAUGUGUCGAACUCCUUCUCAGCUUGGGAGACCCUGCCGGAGGACGAACCUCCGCUGUGCAUCGCAGUUCGACGCCCAGUGUCACCUCCACGCCACUAUGAGGCGUCCAAGUUUGAGGCUGCAUCCACGGCUGAAAAAUAUCUUUACACUGCGCGUGCUUUGUACCAUCUCGAGAUCGUUUUCGUGCCAAACGCAAUCAGACACAUGAGCAUGUUCAAUGUGUACUUAUUAACAGUACGACUGGCACGGUCAUAUGGCGGAAGAUACCAAAAUACUGGAUGGCCAAAUCCACAGAAGGAGCAUGAAUGUUCAGCACAACUCUCCGUUUCGUCACGUUCAGCUGUGAACACUGUCACGUUCCUCUUAGACACACCGAAGGAAGCUCGAAGGAGUUCAGAAGAUCUAAAGGUCUCCGACUCAGAUGAGGCGGAGGCGGUCAUGAAAGCCUUGGACAACCAAGGAAUAACAUCUAGCUCAGCCAAGCGGAACGAAUGCAGCGAAUGCGAACUCGACGAAACAUGUGGAUGCAUUGGUCUUCAGCUGGAUCUGCAAAAGACGAUUUUCAUGCGUAACAUAAAGUCUCGCAUGCCCCACUCGCGCUCAACAGAAAGAACAUUCCGGAAUGGAAAAAGCUACGGUUAUCUAGUCCUUCGAAGAACAUUAAGAUGCUCACCGUGUCCCACACAAAAGGAGGAGCCACUGGGCAACUCUGGUGAUGAAGGUUAUUCGGGUAAUACCGAAACGAAUAUGAAACUUCUAAUCCUCAUUUUCCUCCUCUCAAUCACACAAGUUGUGGCGCGGCGCAGGAGAUGGAGACCAAGGUGCGGUAAAAACGAAUGGUACGACUACUGCUUCAAUAAAAAGUGUGAGGCAACAUGCAGCGAGCCUAACCCAAUCUGUACAUUGAAUUGUGAACGGAGUGGCUGCACAUGUGAGGAAGGCUACGUGCGCCACAAGAGAAAUUGUAUUCUGAAACGUGUGUGUCCCCAGUAG